CACCUACUCCCACAAUACCGAUUCCCUUAAACUCAAAUCCACCACACAUCAGAAAAGAAACACUGCAAUCAACCGCAUUAGAUCGCUACCAACACCUUUAAUCCUUUAAACACUCCUCUUGAAGCAAACCCUUCUUAAUACGCUACCGUUUUGAACAAACCGAAUCGCAAAAACGACGUCGCUUAAUAGCAAAAGGUUCAGAGAGAAAAAAAAAUGCUGUGUUUUCUUCUUCAAUUGAAAGUGAAGAAAUUCAAUUUCAAUAACAGAAAGUGUUGUUAAGGAAAAUAGAGAAGAAAUAGAGAGGGGUAAAAUUGGAAUUUGGAGAUGCAAACGGAAGCUAGGGUUGGUGUGACGGUGGACGGUGGUGUUCGGAAGUUAGUUAAACAACAACCACCGCCGCAACAGAUUGGAACUAUUUCUCAGCUUCUCGCCGGAGGAGUUGCCGGAGCUUUGAGUAAAACUUGUACUGCGCCACUUGCUAGACUCACAAUCCUUUUUCAGAUUCAAGGGAUGCAUUCUAAUGUUGCAACUUUGAGGAAAGCGAGUAUAUGGAAUGAGGCUUCAAGAAUAAUCCACGAAGAGGGGUUUAGGGCUUUUUGGAAAGGGAAUCUAGUUACAAUUGCUCACCGUUUACCUUACUCUUCUGUUAACUUUUAUUCCUACGAGCAUUACAAGAAGUUUCUGAGGACGAUUCCGCAACUGCAAAGUAAUAGAGAUAAUAUCAGUGCAGAUCUUUGUAUACAUUUUGUUGGUGGUGGGUUGGCAGGCAUAACUGCUGCUACGUCUACUUAUCCCUUGGAUCUUGUAAGAACGCGGCUUGCUGCACAGACGAAUUUUACGUACUAUAGAGGUAUUGGACAUGCUUUACAAACAAUUGUCAAGGAAGAGGGAUUACUCGGCCUUUAUAAGGGACUUGGAACCACCCUCUUGACUGUUGGGCCAAAUAUAGCAAUCAGCUUCUCCGUAUAUGAAAGCUUGAGAUCGUUUUGGAUGUCAAACAGAUCCGAUGAUUCAACUGUUGUUGUUAGUCUGGCUUGUGGCAGUCUUUCAGGCAUUGCAUCAUCAACAGCAACGUUUCCAUUGGAUCUUGUUAGACGGAGGAAGCAACUUGAGGGGGCUGGUGGGCGAGCCCGUGUAUACAAUACAGGUCUCUUUGGUACAUUCAAGCAUAUAUUCCGGUCGGAAGGUUUGCGUGGCCUUUACAGAGGAAUUUUGCCUGAAUACUAUAAGGUGGUGCCUGGUGUAGGCAUUUGUUUUAUGACCUAUGAGACACUGAAGAUGGUUUUAGCGGAGAUUACUACUGUAUGAUUACUCCCAUCAACUUUGGAGUCUGAUCUGCAAGAAGUGAAACGAUAAGGUUACUUAUUCAUGCAAAAAAGGGUCAAGACCGUUAAGUUAUAUUUAUCGAUUGAAGUUCUCAUUUCCUAGAUUCUCAUGGUUGGGCAACUUUGUAGUGCUACUGUGGGGAUCGCAUUUUUGCCUGUACAGACACUUGAACAACAUUUAAUAUUAGGCUGUUACUUAUGGGUCUUGACUCAGAAAAAAAUGAAAGGCUAAUGAAAUUACUAUAUAGCAAGGCUGCAACUGCAACUCAAUGCCUUAAGGAGACAGAUUUCACAAGUACAUUUGAAGGCAUCCAGUCCCGUUGCAGUGUUGUGCACCAUGUAAUCUUUUGAGAAGUGACCCAUUCUUCCUAUAGCAAUGAUAGUUACAUGAACACCUUUGCUUUUCUUUAUUUUUGUCACACUUUAGAAUAUUAAUUGUAGUCCAUUGUUUUCAUUUGGCCCGUAGUAAAAGUGAUAAAUUCAUUAUCAAGGACUCUGGAUUUGUUAUAGGGUCAUUCUGAACAUUAUUUAAAAAUGUUGUCAAUUUAUAGGGAAUAUUUCGCUGACAAAAUUCUUCAAAUAGGUCAAGUUAUUAUAACAUUUUA